AGUUUUGAUUUUUGAGCGUCAGAUUCCGGCCGGCCAUGGAUUCCGUCGAAGCAGAUACAAGUAAAAUCCGUAGGUCAUGUCACGUUGUGGCGAUGCCGUAUCCUGGUCGAGGCCACGUCAACCCUAUGAUGAACCUCUGCAAGCUUCUCGCGUCGAGAGGAAGAGGAAGAGAAAGCGGCCGUGAUGACAUUCUCAUCACCUUCGUGGUGACGGAAGAGUGGCUGAGUUUCAUUGGUUCCGAUCCCAAGCCAGCAAACAUACAGCUCCGCUCAAUCCCUAACGUCAUACCAUCGGAGAAAGGCCGUGCCGGCAACUUCGCCGGGUUCCUUGAAGACGUUAUGACAAAGAUGGAAGGUCCCUUCGAGCAGCUGCUGGACCAGCUGGAGGUAGAGACUCCGGCAACGGCUAUCAUAGCCGAUACUUACUUGGUGUGGGUCGUAGGGGUAGGGAACCGAAGGAAUAUUCCGGUGGCAUCACUGUGGCCCAUGUCGCCGUCCGUUUUCUCGAUGUUCCAUCAUUUUGAUCUCCUUGUCCAAAACGGACAUUUCCCUGCCAACUUAUCAGAGAGGGGUGGUGAACACAUCGAUUACAUACCAGGGAUCUCUUCUAUUUGCUUAUCAGACCUGCCAACAAUCUUCUAUGGGCCAGGUAAAGAAGUGUUGGGUCGCGUCUCGGAAGCCAUCUCUUGGGUACCUAAAGCACAAUGCCUUCUUUUCACUUCCUUCUACGAGCUCGAUUCCCAUUCCACAGAUGCUUUAAGGGCAGCACUCUCUCUCCCAGUAUACCCUAUUGGCCCCUCCAUACCUCACAUGAUUGAUCACAAUACCCUUAACAAAGACUACUAUUUCAAUUGGUUAGAUUCUCAAUCUGAAGGAUCUGUCUUGUAUGUAUCAUUGGGUAGUUUUCUAUCAGUUUCAAGUGAUCAGAUGGAGGAGAUUGCAGCAGGGUUACAUGACAGUGGAGUUCCAUACUUGUGGAUUGCUCGGCAAGACACUUCACACUUACAGAAGGCCAGUGGUGAGAAGGGGAUAGUGAUACCUUGGUGUGACCAAUUGAGGGUACUUUGCCAUUCUUCCAUAGGAGGGUUUUGGAGUCAUUGUGGGUGGAAUUCAACCUUAGAAAGUGUGUUUGCAGGUACUCCUAUGCUUACUUUUCCUAUCUUUUGGGAUCAAAUGCCCAAUAGUAAAUUAAUUGCAGAUGAUUUGAGAAUUGGAUGGAGGGUGAGGGAGGGUGAAAAUAAGGUUGUGAAAAGAGAGGACAUUGCCAGGACUGUGCAGAGGUUUAUGGAUAGUAGUGGAGAAGAAACUAAAGAGAUGAGAAGAAGAGCCAGAGAACUCCAAUGUGUUUGUAAAAAUGCCAUUGAGAAGGGUGGAUCUUCUGAGACUAAUUUGGAUGCUUUUGUUAGGGACAUUCUUCAAUAUCCCUAAUAUGAUUGUAGGUUUUAAAUUAUAUCAAUUUAGCUCUCUAUAAUAAGAACUUA